UCCCAGAAGGGAGCUGCUUCUGAGAAGGAAACUGCAUCUUCGGCUACUGCCCCACCACGAGAGGACCUGGGGUCUCCAGACGGACCCUCCGAGGACCGGCCAGCCCCACGCCGUCCUGCCCUGCCGCCCGCUGCCGAUCGGGCUCCCCAGCCGCAGCUGUACCUGCGGGCUCCUGACUUCCCAGGGCUUCCAGAAGAUGCUCGAGCCACUGGCCAGGGCAUCAGGGCAGCAGUGAGGGGAAUAUCCAAUCCCCCACUCAGCUCUUCCCCUCCUGUGCCAGGGGCUUCCCCGCAGGACAAGCAUGGUGAUUUUCCCUCGGAGCCCUCUGUCCCGGGCCAUCUGAGAAGAUGCCUGCCAUGAGGCUGUUCACUUGCUUCCUGCAGGUCCUGGCUGGACUGGCGCUGCCCGCUGUCCCCCCUCAGCAGUGGGCCUUGUCUGCUGGGAACGGCUCAUCAGAGGCAGAAGUGGUGCCCUUCCAGGAAGUGUGGGGGCGCAGCUACUGCCGGGCGCUAGAGAGGCUGGUGGACAUUGUGACUGAGUACCCUGGCGAGGUGGAGCACAUGUUCAGCCCAUCCUGCGUCUCCCUGUUGCGCUGCACCGGCUGCUGUGGUGAUGAGAACCUGCACUGUGUGCCGGUGGAGACGGUCAAUGUCACCAUGCAGCUCCUGAAGAUCCGCUCUGGGGACAGGCCCUCCUAUGUGGAGCUGACAUUCUCUCAGCAUGUGCACUGCGAGUGCCGACCUCUGCGGGAGAAGAUGAAGCCUGAAAGGAGGAGACCCAAGGGCAGGGGGAAGAGGAAGAGAGAGAAGCAGAGACCCACAGACUGCCACCUGUGCGGAGAUGCUGUUCCCCGGAGGUAACCAGCCCCUCGGAGGAAAGAGACCCCACCCGGCUCGUGUAUUUAUUACCGUCACACUCUCAGUUACCUCCCUGCUGGUACCUGCCCUCUAUUUAUUAGUCAACUUUGUAUCCCUGCUGAAUGACUCGCUCCCUCCAAGAUCAGGAGCAGGGAGGGACAGGACCCUCAGGAAUUCAGUGCCUUAACGUGAGAGAAAGGAAGACGCCAGCCACAGACCUGUGGGAGCUUCAGCUUGGGAAGAAGCGAGACAUGUGGCCUUGUGAGGGGCAAGCCAGGCCCUGGGAGUCUCAGGGGACUAAGGAAAAGAAGAGAGGGGAUCCCAACCCCUGUUCCUAGGCUCUGUACCAACAGCCCUUGCUUUGGGAGCUCCUGGCCAAGGUAGUGGUGUGAGAAGCCUGCCGUCGCCAUCAUGGCCCCGGCCGGGUGGGAAGGCCGGCAGCAGGCAGAGAGGCUCCAGCCACUUCCUCCUCUUCCUGGCAGCAGCCCUUCACCCAGACAUCUGAACAUUCAGCUCUGGAGAACAGUGGUUGCCUGGGGGUGAUUUCCAGUCCUUGUCCCCUAUGGCCUCUCUUCACAUUUUGCCACCUGCUUGUGCCGGGACCUUGUUCUUCCAGCCGAGACACUACCAUCCCGCCCCCUCUCAGGGACGUGUGUGUGCAGAGUGGGCACCCCUGGGGCAAGGAGCUGCCAGGCCAGGGUGGAUGAGGUCACAGGGAGGAGCCUGUGUCUCAGUGGAAGGCUGAGGCAAGGGGAGCAGGUUCCCUGAGGCCCUGGCGCCCCCGCAAGCUGCCUCUGAGGGGCUGUCUGACUGCCAAGCCAGAUCCUCUUGAAUAAAGUAUUCUAG